GGGCAGGGCUUUUUGGGCCUCGGCCGCUGCCGUCUCCGCGCGGCAGGCGGAAGGAGCGGGCGGCUGGCCGGAAGUGCGGGCGGUGAGCCCCGAGAGUGGCCGGGGAGGAUGGCGGCGCGGCCGUCGGGCGUGCGCGGCUGAGGAGCCACUCGCCUAAGCGGUCGGCGAGAUGCUGGCCGGGGCUCGGGGCGCAGCCACCCCAGGGAUGCCACGGGAGAGGCACCACUUCAGCCCGCACGAAAGUGAAUUCGACGUGGAUAGCCUGAGCGGGCCCUGAGUAUUCUCGAACCGUAGUUCCGCAUCUCAUGGAAGGUACAGAGUACGUGCAGACCCCAAGAGCUGGCUGUGGGCUGGAGAGAGAGCACAGCAGGCCAUUUCUCAUGCCCGGAAGCUCUCCUUUUCUCCACAAAGAUGGUAAUAAAUCUUUGCCUUCCACAAUUCAGACCAAGGAUUUCCUGCAACAAGAUAUCGGCGGAUGGUUACGAAGUGGAGAACCUCAUCUCUGAGGACGCGGCCAAGCGGGGCCGCGGCUUCCGGGCGGAGUACUUCAUCAGGCCGCCCGUGCACGUCACCGUGUCCUUCCCCUUCAGCGUGGAGCUCUGCCGCGUCAGCCUGGACCUGGCGGGGGGCGGCGUCCAGGGCGCCACCGGCGUGGAAGUGUACACGUCGGCCGUGGGCGGCAGAGCGACGUGGAGCCCCUCCGAGUGCCGGGCCGCGGGCCCCGCCGAGCCCGCCGCCCCGGACAAGGAGGCCUUCACCCUGGUGGGCAGAGUCCUUCUGCGGAGCCAGGGCCAGGUGACCUUCAGCCACCGGGGCUUCAGGGCCAGGCCCCCGUUCAGCCCCCUGGACGCCCCGCGCCCCUCCCCGGCUGCCCUGGCCCAGGAGCUCUGGAGCAAGGGGCCGCUGUCCCUGAGCCACGUGGCCCAUCUCAAGAUCUGCGUCACCCACGUGACGGGCGGCGGCGUCCCUGGCAUCCGCCGGCUGGAGGUGUGGGGGCAGCCGGCCAGGACCUGCCCGCAGGAGGUGACGGACAGUGUCCUGCUGGCGGCCGCCACCGCCGGACCCCCGCCAGACCCCGCGCCGCCAGCCGCGGCCCAGCCCAUGGAGAGCGACUGCGCCCCCGGCGGCCCCCCUGAGGGCCACGCGGAUCCCAGCGGCCCACCCGAGCUGGCGGGCGCCCUCGGGGACGUGCCCGAGGAGUUCCUGGACGCCAUCACACUGGAGAUCAUGCCCCGGCCCAUGCUGCUGCCCUCGGGCCAGGUCAUCGACCAGAGCACCCUGGACAGGUGCAACCGCGGCGAGGCCAGCUGGGGCCGCGCGCCCAGCGACCCCUUCACGGGCGUGGCCUUCACGCCGCACUCGCAGCCGCUGCCGCACCCGGCGCUGAAGGCCCGCAUCGACCGCUUCCUGCUGCAGCACGAGGUGCCCGGCUGCCGCCUGCUGGGCCGCGCCCAGGCCGCCCCGGCCGCCCCGGCCGCCGCGCCCGCCUGCAUCGUGCUGCCCGCCCGCAAGAGGAGCCUGGAGCCGGUGGGCGCCGCCUGUGUGCCCCCCGCCAGCCUGCUGGGCGCACCCACUACCUCAGAGCACCCCGCCAAGAAGGCCAGAGGCGCCGCCGAGCCCGGGCUGGCCCACAUGGACUGCGCCCCAGGUCCCAUGUCCCAUGAGCAGAAGUUGUCACAAAGCCUGGAGAUGGCCUUGUCGUCCACCCUUGGCUCCAUGCCCUCUUUCACGUCCCGGCUGAGCAGGGGCCGGCCCCAGCAUGCAGGAGCCGGUGUACCAGCUGUCCUGCGGCCACCUCCUGUGCCGGCCCUGCCUGGGGGAGAAGCAGCGCGCCCCGCCCGCGACGUGCCCGGCCUGCCAGCGCCCCAUCGCCAGCCAGGACGUGCUGCGGGUGCACUUCUGACCGAGCCUCUGCGCCCGGGGAACGCCCAGCGCUGGUCCAGCCGGCCCCCACCUGACCUCCGUCUUCCCAGGGGGCUUUCUCUGUCCCUCCUCCGCCCCCCAUGGAGCACCCAGGCCCUGGGGGAGGGGCCGGGGAGGGGGCACCCCGAUCCUGCUCAAGUGGCAGCAGGAUGACAAAGCCAUAGCCGGGGCUGGGAGGGCCGGCAGUGCCUCUGCCCUUCUGCGUCCCCCUGCCAGAGCCCAGGGCCUGCUAAGCGCCUGCACCCUGCUGAGGGUCUGCACACAGCCCCAUGGGGUUUUUUUUAUUGUGAGUGGAGCACAAUAGAAUGGCCCAGGGUCUCAGCCAGCCGAGUGUCACCUCAAAGUGGACUGCGCCAGGGGUCCGGGGAGUGAGCAACUCUUCCCCCCACUCCGCUGCCAGCCUGCUCGGAGCCUUAAUAAAGCGCUGGUUGACAUCGACUGUGAACUUCCACCUGGCAGU